CAUUUCAUCAGCGUCUUUACCCUGGGUUGGUCAGUUGAUGGAAAGAAGCUGGCCAGUGGAUCAAAGGACGAAGGCAUUAGGAUCUGGAAUCCUGAACGAACCGAUUAUCGUAUCACCAAUUCUAUCAUAUUGGACUCCUAUUCACGCGUCUUCUCAGAGCUACGAUGGGACCCUACUCAUCCUGAACGACUAGCGAGUGCAGGGGAAGAUGGUACACUGAGGUUUUGGGAUAUCCGACAGGGUUCCAAACCCACUCGGACGAUCGAAAAUGACUCUCCAAAAACUUCAUUUUUAAAUCUUUGUUGGUCACCUGACGCGUCGGUGGUGGCGAUUGGCGAUUCAAAUGAUCGACUUCAGUUUUAUGAAGCUGCCAGUGGAAAAAAGUUGGGUGAACAUUUUGAGUAUUCAAAAAGUCCAAUGGCAAAUGAGCUAGCCUUUGCGUACUCUGGGGAAUAUCUAUUUUUGCCAACGGGGGCAGGUGAGGUGGUGACCUACGGCUUUGAAUUUCAAGGGGAUUCAGUAAGCUUGAAGGAAUAUCAUCGGUGUACGCCACAUGCCGCCGUAUUGAAUUGUAUUGAUACUGAUCCGCGUGGCAGGUACAUUGCCGUCGGCGGAGCAGAUUCUAUCGUCAGUCUAAUAGACGUGGAAGAGUUUUAUUGUGUUAAUACAUUUGCUCAUCUUGAUUCGGACGUUCGUACCAUCAGCUUUUCUUACGAUGGCGACUUCAUCGCUUUUGCUGGAAAAGAUACCUUUAUUGAUAUUUCAUCGGUAGCAUCUGGGGCACAAGUUCGAAGAAUUGAUAACCUAACUUUUCCCGUCAAUACCAUUGCGUGGCAUCCUUCUAAAUAUUUCUUGGCAUAUGCAGGUGAUGAGAAAGCUGGGAAUGUCAGAGUGGCCAACUUGGCGGUAUAA